CUAGACAGGAGGGGAAGGUAGUAGGGGAGGGAAAGGAACUCAAAGCAGGGAAAGAAAGAAAGAAGCAACCAGCAUCAGCACUGACCACACAAGAUUGAUGUUUAAAGGGUUAACAGAUAAAUCAGAAACAGCCAUGUCAGAACUUGUUCCAGAACCACGACCCAAGCCAACAGUGCCUAUGAAGCCAGUGGGGAUGAACCCCAAUCUCCUGGGAUAUAUUGGUAUAGACACCAUUAUUGAGCAGAUGCGAAAGAAAACAAUGAAAACUGGUUUUGACUUUAAUAUCAUGGUUGUAGGUCAGAGUGGACUGGGCAAAUCAACACUGGUAAAUACACUCUUUAAGUCACAAGUGAGCCGAAAAUCAACAGGGUUGAACCGGGAUGGCAAAAUACCUAAAACUAUUGAGAUAAAAGCUAUCAGUCAUGUUAUUGAAGAAGGUGGAGUGAAAAUGAAGCUCACUGUUAUUGACACACCAGGAUUUGGGGAUCAAAUUAAUAAUGAAAACUGUUGGGAGCCUAUUGAGAAAUUUAUUAAUGAACAGUAUGAAAAGUUCUUGAAGGAAGAGGUGAAUAUAGCCAGGAAGAAACGCAUCCCAGAUACUCGAGUGCACUGCUGUCUUUACUUCAUAUCUCCUACAGGACACUCUUUAAGACCACUGGACUUGGAAUUCAUGAAACACCUUAGUAAGGUCGUGAACAUUAUACCGGUUAUAGCAAAAGCGGACACGAUGACCGUUGAAGAGAAGAUAGAAUUUAAACAGAGGGUUCGGAAGGAGUUGGAAGUGAAUGGAAUUGAGUUUUACCCACAGAAAGAAUUUGAUGAUGAUUUGGAAGAUAAAACAGAAAAUGAUAAAAUCAGGCAGGAAAGUAUGCCAUUUGCUGUGGUGGGAAGUGAUAAAGAAUAUCAGGUGAAUGCAAAGAGAGUUUUGGGACGUAAAACUCCAUGGGGUAUUGUCGAAGUUGAAAAUUCGGCACACUGUGAGUUCUCUCUCCUUCGUGAUUUUGUAAUUAGGACUCACCUACAGGAUCUCAAAGAAGUAACGCACAACAUUCAUUAUGAGACCUACAGAGCUAAGCGACUGAAUGAAAAUGGGGGUCUCCCACCUGUCUGUGCAGAAACAGAAGAGUUACGUGAUAGUAACAUAUGAGCUCCAUGUGUUCUUUGUAAAAUUAUUUACUGCAUUGGUGUUGGAAACCUUCCACGGAUCUAUAUUCCAUUUUUUAUACAGUACAUCCCUGAAUUUCAAAUUGUUUUCCUCCCUUGACUGCCAAUACUAUGCUAACCCCUACCCAAACCCAUUUAACUCCCACACAAAUAAUUUUCAGAUACCAUAAAAAGGACUUUUAUCAGAUUAUAGACCAUUGUUUAAUGGUACAGUAUGUGUGGUGAUUGUUGAAGUGAACAAUAAGCUGUAAAUCACCAUAUGAAUCUGAAACUAUGCCAAUAUCAACUUUUCUAGAUAUCCAAAUAUUGUUCUACAAU